AUGUCAGGAAAAGAAGAUGAUACAUAUGCUCCAGUAAGCGAGAGCGAGUUAGAAAAGCCUGUUUUGUAUUUUUCAGAAGUUUCCCAUUCUAUCGAUCACGGAGGCGAAUAUAGUCUAAUGGUCCUAGGAACUGUUGCCAACCACUAUGCAAUUAAAGCGAACACCAGCGAUGGCUGUCAAUAUCUGAUUGAACGUGGCAAAGAUGUAUGGAAACUUAACGAAUUCCAUCAUUGCGAAGAAGGUGUAACUCUCGGUCAGCUCAAACAAACUGCGUUUGGCGGUAAACCAUAUAAUCUUCGGACUUCCAAUUGUCAACAAGCUACCAGUCAAGUCGCUAAUUCACAUUCUUUUUCUUCUGCCAGCAACGAGCAACCCCUAGUCUUUGUGCACGGAAGAGUAGACCAAGAGUAG